UACGGUGCGCAGUAUCGAUUAUCGAAUUCGAACACGUUUUCCGUUACUUGUCGGUCGUUUCACUUGUUGUGUGUGUGUGUGUGUGUCGUAUCUCGAUACAUCGUGUGACUCUCGUUGUUCGGUUAUUUACCGGUCGUCUUUUGCGCGCGCUCUCGUCGUCCGUCAUUUCUUGUCGCGUCAGCGGUCCACUGACCACUACUGAGCAGGGGCAGUAGCCACAUUGAAAGUGCAAAAACUUACCUUACCGCUAUCCCGCUUUGGGCUGCACCGACGUGGUUUAGUUGAGCGAGGAUAACAACGCCGUCGCCAUGCACGUGCUAGUGAGGAUGAUGAAUUCCGGUGUGUCGAUCGCCAUACCCACGUCUAGGACGACGAAGAUCGGUGACUUGAAGACGCUCGUCGAGAAGAAAUUCGACGUCAAACCGGAAAACCAGCGUUUGUUCUUCGCCGGCAAACAGCUUGAAAACCAGUAUAACCUCUUUGAUUAUAGUAUUAAUAUAAACGAUGUUAUACAAUUGAUAGUUAUGGAAACUAUAACUGAAAAUAACUCUAUUAAAAAUUUGCCUCUAAAAGCUCCUAAGAAUUCAAAAGAUGAAACAUAUAAUCAAAGUUGUUCUACAGCCACCAGUUCUGCAAUAGAAGAAAAUGACUUAGAGGAUAUUUCUGAGAAUAGCAAGUAUUUCAAAUUAGGCGAUUAUGUUGAUAUAAGAGAUUUUGAAUAUGGUUUGUGGUACAUGGGUAAAAUAGUGAAAAUAAAAAAAGAUAAUUCUGUAGAAAAUGGACAAACUUCUUAUGAUAAAGAAGAGGAACAUGAUGGACUUAUUUAUUUUGUAGAAGAUGCAGGAGCUUCUAAUGAUCCGCCCACUGAAGUUACAUUGAAAGAUAUAAGACCAUAUUCUACUGAAAAUUUGCCAUUUGAUCAAUUAAAAAUUAAUGAUAAAGUUCUUAUGAAUUAUAAUACUGAGCAUCCCAAAGAACGUGGAUAUUGGUAUGACGUGCAAGUGAAACAGAUAACAGUUAAUAGACGAAACCGUGAAGUAAUAGGAGAUAUAAUACUUGGAUCGAAUAAAGCAGUAUUGAACAAUUGUCGAUUGAUGUUCCUCGAUGAUAUCCUAAAAAUAAAACCUUAUAAGUUGGUUGCAGAGAGGACUGAAGAUGAUGAUGCAAUCAUGCAAACAAUGCCUUCCAUUGAAAGAGCUGGAGCUUUAACAUGUACUAAGUGCAAAGACAACAUUAAUAAACUAUGUGUUGACUGCGGAUGUAGUAUUUGUGGUGGUAAAGAAGACGAAGGAAAACAAUUAAUGUGUGAUGAAUGUAAUGAAGGUUUUCAUAUAACUUGCCUUUCACCACCCUUGACAGAAAUUCCAGAAGAUGAUGAAUGGUUUUGUCCAACUUGCAAAAAUGAUGAAAACGAAAUUGUGAAAGCUGGUGGAAAAUUAAAAGCUACCAAAAAGAAGAAAUUAGCUUCGACAUCAAAACGUGAUUGGGGAAAAGGUAUGGCAUGUGUUGGUAGAACCAAAAAGUGUAACAUUGUUCCACCAAAUCAUUUUGGUGCUAUUCCUGGUGUUGAAGUCGGUACAACAUGGCUAUUUCGCGUUCAAGUAUCUGAAAGUGGUAUUCACCGUCCACCAGUUGGAGGAAUACAUGGCCGUGAUAAUCAAGGUGCAUUUAGUAUUGUAUUGAGUGGUGGUUAUGAAGAUGACAUUGACAAUGGUGAAGAAUUCAUGUACACUGGUUCAGGUGGUAGAGAUCUGUCAGGGAACAAACGCACUGCUCUGCAGAGUUGUGACCAAGAAUUGACACGUAACAACAGGGCUUUAGCUCUCAACUGUAAUGCAGAAAUCAAUGAUAAGGAAGGAGCGACAGCUGUGGAUUGGAAAAAAGGCAAACCGGUUAGAGUUGUACGGAAUUAUAAACUUCAUAAACAUUCCAAAUAUGCACCCGAAGUGGGCAAUCGUUACGAUGGUCUUUACAAAGUCACAAAGUAUUAUCCAGAAACUGGAAUAUCUGGGUUUGUUGUAUGGCGUUUUGUAUUGAAAAGAGAUGAUCCUGCUCCAGCACCUUGGACAGCCAAAGGCAAAAAGCGUAUAGCUCAACUUGGUCUUGAAAUAAUUUAUCCAGAAAACUAUAUGCCUUCUACUGGACUUGACAAUACAAAAUUACCAGGCUCUAACAGAAAGAGAACACUACAUGAUACUGAAAUAGAAAAUAAUGAAACAGACCAACUUUUACCAAAAAAGAAAGAUGAAGGAAAAAGUUCUGAGAAGAAAGCAAAAAUGCAAUAUAUACUCGAAAAAGAAGCGGAAGAGUUAAUCAAAGCUGAUGCUGCCAAUAAAAAAUAUUGGGAUGAUUGUAAAGAGAUGUUAAAAGACGGCAAAAAGGCAUUUUUGGAUAGAGUUGAAGAAACUUUUAUGUGCAUAUGUUGUCAGGAUAUUGUCUAUGAACCAAUCACAUUAAACUGUUCUCAUAAUAUUUGUAAAGGAUGUUUGAAAAGAUCAUUUGCUUCUAAGGUUUACCAAUGCCCAUCAUGUAGAGCUGAAUUGGGAAAAACUUAUCUCAUGAACAUUAAUACUAUGUUAGAUAACACACUUUUAUAUUUCUUCCCUGGAUAUAACACUGGCCGUUAAUAAUUUUUUUUGUGGCUUAAACAUUACUUAAUAUAAUUUUCAUUAUUUGUCUCAGCA